UGAGCCUCCCGCAGUUCCAGGCCUUUUUCCUGGUGGCCGACGACAUCAUGGACUCAUCGCUCACCCGCCGGGGGCAGCUUUGCUGGUACAAGAAGGAGGGGAUUGGUUUGGAUGCUGUCAACGACGCCUUCCUCUUGGAGUCAUCCGUCUACAGGCUACUGAAGAAGUACUGCGGGGGGCGACCCUACUACCUGCACCUGCUGGAGCUUUUCUUGCAGACUGUCUACCAGACUGAGCUUGGGCAGGCCCUGGACCUCAUCACUGCCCCUGUUUCCCAGGUGGAUUUGAAUUGCUUCAGUGAGGAGAGGUAUAAGGCAAUCGUUAAGUACAAGACUGCGUUCUACUCCUUCUACCUCCCAGUGGCUGCUGCCAUGUACAUGACUGGUAUUGACAGUGAAGAGGAACAUGCCAAUGCCAAAGCAAUCUUGCUGGAGAUGGGUGAAUACUUCCAGGUCCAGGAUGAUUACUUGGACUGUUUUGGGGAUCCAGAGUUGACAGGGAAGGUUGGCACCGAUAUCCAGGACAAGAAGUGCAGCUGGCUGGUGGUGGAGUGUCUGCGUCGGGUCACACCAGAGCAGAGGCAGAUCCUGGAGGAGAACUAUGGUUGUAAAGAGCCAGAGAAGGUGGCUAAGGUGAAGGAGCUCUAUGAGACUUUGGGCAUGAGGGCUGUUUUUCAGGAAUAUGAGGAGAAGAGCUACCAGCAUCUACAAGAGCUGAUCAAGAAGCACGCGAAGCGGCUCCCCAAGGAGAUCUUUCUUGGCCUAGCUCAGAAGAUUUACAAGCGGCAGAAGUGAUGGGGCGAGCGGGCUCUUAUCACACUUAAGACAAAUGAGCUUUCUCGUCCUUCGCUAAGAAGGCCUUUUGGUUUUUAGUAAACGUGCACUGCAG